AAAUAGGUACCGUGACGUAAUUUAUGUGGUGAACUCAGUUAGUUGUGCGACUCUAGGUGGUAGUAAUGGGAAACUGAAGUUCAUAAAUUACUGUAGUUACUUAUUUACAGAGCGAUCAUACAUUAUACCAUAUAGACAUGUUUCUCUCCUCGUUCAUCGUUCUGCAUUGUUUAGGAGCUUUUUCUGUUUCCGCUGACGGCGACUGUGAAGUGUGUGUUGGUUUUCUGCAGCGCAUCUACAAAACCUUGACCUCUGCUCAUGGAGAGCUGAGUCCAGCCUUGGUAGAGGAGGAGUUAUUGAGGGUCUGUGCUGUUGCCCAGGGGAAGGAGGAGAGACUGUGUUACUACCUGGGAGCCACUAGUGAUGCAGCGACACGUGUCACCGGCUCUGUUUCCCGCCCUCUUUCCUCUCAUGUACCUGUAGAGAAGAUCUGCCAACGGCUUAGCAACACAGAUACACAGAUCUGCCAGCUGAGAUAUGAGCAACAGCUGUGGGACCUAAGCAGCGCUGGUUUGUCAAGGCUGCGUGUUGCUGAGCUGAGGAGAGUUUUGGCGUCCUGGGGAGAGGAAUGUCGUGGCUGUCUGGAGAAACAUGAAUAUAUCCGUCUUAUCCAGGAGAGAGCUCCGUUUCACAUCCGUUUCACAGAACUGUGACACACACCUAAACACAAACAGUGAAACGGCUCCCAAUAUUUUCUCAAUGGGUAACAUCAAUACAAAGGAUUCAGAUAACUGUGCUUUUAUCAUCAAUAUUUGGUUAAAUCAUUAUAUUUUUCAAAAUCCUUAUAUAAACCAGAUAAGUCUUUUAAAAUGUUAAUGUGAUAAAAAAAAAGCUGCUGUUGAUUUGGAAUAGCUCAAACAGUUGCAAUGUGCUGCAUGACAUUGCUUUGUGAUUAUAACUUUGAAUUGUGAUCAACAGAUAGAUUAACAAUGUGAAAUGACAAUAAUAUAAAGCCCAUCCAGUUGUGACUGUU